AUGCUCACCGAGCGGCUCGCGGCGGCGGGAGAGCAGAUCCUCGCGGGGCUUGAGGAAACCUUGUUCGAGUCCGAGGAGCGAGUGGAGCGGACCGAGCUGGAGAUCUGCCGCCGGAGGAGGCUGCUGGAGGCCGCGAUGCAGCCCGUAGUCCGGCUGCACAGAGCAGUGUGUCCUGCAGACGUCCAGCAACUGAUGGUGAUUAAAGAAAAGGUAACCUCUGAACAGCAGCAGUGGAGCCCCCUUGUGGACCAGGAGGACCCAGAGCCCCCCCACAUUAAAGAGGACCAGGAGGAUCAGUGGACCAAUCAAGAUGGACAGCAGCUUCACGGACUGGAGGAGGCUGAUAUCAAGUUCACAUUGACUCCUGUCACUGUGAAGAGUGAAGAAGAUGAAGAGAAACUUAAAUCGUCAAAGCUUCAUCCCAGUGAGAUGAAGGAGAACAGAGCGGACUGUGGAGGACCAGAACCAGCCAGGAACUCAGGACCUGGUGGAAGUUUACAACCAAGUCCUGAGGACAAGACUGACUCUUCUGAGACUGAAGUCAGUGAGGAUGAUUGGCUGGAGACCAGGGAAACUCAGACUGGUUUAAAUACAAAAAAUAACAAACAGCCUCCAAGUGAUAUGGGAUGUAAGACAGAAAAAAAAAUGUUUAGUUGCCCUGAGUGUGGUAAAAUAUUUAACCAUAGGGGCCAUCUAAAUGCACAUAUGAAGAUUCAUACUGGAGAGAAACCAUUUAGUUGCUCUGAGUGUGGUAAAAAAUGUACAGAAAGGGGCGAUCUAAAUAGACAUAUGAAGAUUCAUACAGGAGAGAAACCGUUUAGUUGCACUGAGUGUGGUAAAAGCUUUAACCAUAGGAGCAAUCUAAAUACACAUAUAAGGAUUCAUACAGGAGACAAACUGUUUAGUUGCUCUGAGUGUGGUAAAAUAUUUAACACAAGGUCAGAUCUAAAAACACAUAUGAGGAUUCAUACAGGAGACAAACUGUUUAGUUGCUCUGAGUGUGGUAAAAGAUGUAACAUAAGGUCAGAUCUAAAAAAACAUAUGAGGAUUCAUACUAGAGAGAAACCGUUUAGUUGCCCUGAGUGUUGCAAAAAAUUUACCGAAAGGGGCAGUCUAAAUAAACAUAUGAUGAUUCAUACAGGAGAGAAACCGUUUAGUUGCUCUGAGUGUGGUAAAAGAUUUAACCACAGGUCAAAUCUAAAUAAACAUAUGAGGAUUCAUACAAGAGAGAAACAGUUAAGUUUCUCUGAGUGUGGUUAAAGAGUUAAAGGAGACAUAUUAUGCCCAUAUUACCACAGUUGAUAUGGUUCAUUGGGGUCUUAAUGAAAUGUCUGUAACAUAUUUUGGUCAAAAUACCACAAGGAUAAUUUAAAACGGCACACUUUUUACCCUGUCUAAAACCGCACUCCUCAGAUUGACCUGUUUUGAGUGCCCCGCUCACCCCUCUCACCCCUCCUCUUUCCUUCACAAGAUACAAGCCCCCAGAUCUUUAGCUAUCCAUUACCUCUGUAGAAAUAUGGCUACUGGAGACGAAGAUACAAUCUUGCAACCAUAUCGCUUUGAACCAGAGUGGUGGGCCAAAAGCCUGGCUCCGGGGGGAGACGGGCCCGCGAGCUGCCCGGCCGGUGGAGCCGAGCCGUGUAGCAUGACUAUGACGUGUGUUCUGGUCGUAAUCCCAUUCGACGCUAUCUAGCGUAUCGUUUUUGACAGAGUAACCACAACAAAUCGCAGAAGUUGUUUUUUUCCCAGAGUUUUUGGGACGGUAGACAUGCUAGAGGCCAAAAUUAAUCAGCACUACAAAAGUGGAAUUUUCAUAAUAUCUCCCCUUUAAGAUUCAGUCCUAUUGUAUGUGCCUUAUGAGGAUUCAUAAAGGAGAGAAGUAGGGCUUGUCAGGGACAAACAAGUCUGAAAAGUGAAAACUCUAUGAGACUAGGGCUGCAACUAACGACUAUUCUGAUAGUCGAUUAGUCACCGAUUAUUGAAACGAUUAAUCGACUAAUCGGAUUAUGAAUGACACAAAUUCUCAAUUGCUCUUAUUUAGCAAGCAGCUUUUAAAUUUAGCUUGAGGUUGUUCGAGGCAUGUCAUGACUGAAAAUAAAGGCAAUAAAUAUUGAUACUUCAUUAAAAAAAAAUGUCUUUUAAUAAACUUUGUUUCAUAUAAGGGUACUGUUGACACAAAAGCAAAGACAAAUCAAGUUUUUGUCCAUUUAAAAGCAAGGACAGGCAAAGUGCUAAUAAAACAAAUAAAUUAAAAAUCAAGUAUUCAUUUUUCAUGUUCAGAAAAAUGACAGGGAAAGUAACAGCAAUAAAAACAUCAACAAACGAAACUACAGUCUUCUUCUGACUAAAUAAUUGUGAUUAAAAAAAGACGUUUGUCAGGCAAUAGGAUAACGCUUUUAAACUCGAUAAUAAAAAGUUUAAACCAUAUUUUUGUAAUGGAUGCUAAAAUCCUGCGCUCAGGUAUAUACGUUUAUAUAUAACAUCUGACAGAGGCGAGUCCGCAUCGUCUCCGUUACGAAGUCACACGUGCCUCCUCCUCAAAUGCGCGUGUCCUGCUUCCAUGGAGAACAGGUCCGCUGUACAGAUACUGCAGGUAGUUUUUUUCGGGCUGUUACGGGUGAAGUUCUCCGGAACUUUUUACUUUCUGGUGCGCGAUGCUGCUGCAGCGGAGGACGCCAUUGGACCGUGUUUUGACGCUAUUGCACAUGGGCGACUUUCAGAGAUAGGAAGGAAGCAGGAUGGCUCACUCCUCAGCUGCUUUCAUCAGCACCUCCGGUAAAACGACGUUUAGUUCAACUGCACGGCACGAAAAACACGUGUUAUGACGUAACCAACGAAUCAUCGACGAGUAAAUUCGUCGGCGACUAUUCCUGUCAUCGAUUUUUGUCGACAACGUCGACUAAUCGUUGCACCCCUAGAGAGAAGUGAUUCAGUUGCAACUUUUGCAACAAAAGAUUUAUUAGGAAAUAUCAGCAGCUAUUCAUAUUAUACAUAUUCAUAGUUCACUGUUUUAAGUAGACUAUUACCAGUGUUACGCCCCUGGUCUAGGGGAAAUCAGAGACAUAACAUGUGGUGCUCUCUCCAUUCUUCCCACUCCCAAGCAGGCCAGUGUCACCAGGUAUUUUCGUUUAGUGGUAGCUUUUAAUUUUCACUUAAGAGGGAGAGGAAGCCAACACAACAAACAAAACAAUCUAACUCCCUACCUUCCUGCUACAUACCAAAAAUGUUAACAAAAAGACAAAAGCUUACCUAACUCCUAAACCAGGAAACACAGGAAAAAACAAGGGUAAAAGAAAAAUGGCUUCUCCCUCCUACAGGGCUACCACCCACACUUUUCUACUUACAUACAUAUGCAACAAAAAAAACACUUAAGACAGACACUGGUCCCAGUUGGAUGUGGGAGAGUUGGUGGAGAGAGGCAGACUGCAGUCAGUCAGUGCUUCAAGUAGGCUCCUCUCUUCAGUCUGGCCAAUCCUGGAGCAGCAAUCAGGCGGCUCACGCCAAUCAGCAGGUCCAACCUGCUAUCAAUCAGGCACACACACACACUCAAAGAAGACUGCUCACACUCUAGGAGGAGGAACAGAACAGUAUCACAUAUACACACAGGGUCGUAACCAGGGCCGGGUCUAGACAGGCAUGUAUGAGGGGGCAGCCACAAAUCUUGAGGGGGCAUUGUGCUUUAUUAUAUUAUUAUUAUUAUAAAUUGGGAUUUAGUUUGAGGGGGCACAACAUUUAUUUGAGGGGGCCAGGCCCCCUCUUGCCCCUGCCUAGACCCGGCCCUGGUCGUAACACCAGUUUUAUGUCCCUAGAAAAUAUAACAGGAAAGAUUUGUGCUUAAAUAUCUUGUUUCUACUGAUUUCUACAUAAUUUAUCUAUUUUUCAUAAGGUCCUUCAUGUCAUUUUAAGGUUAAAGUGUGUUCCUUGCACCGUAUGAAUGUGUGUUCUUUACUAGUUCAUAUGAUUAAAUAUGUUUGUUUUAAGACAAUGGUUUCUUGGUUCGUGAGAUUCAAUGACAGUGUGAGUUUUCCUUUAUGCAUUGAAUGUAACCAAGAAUAAAGGUCUAA